GGUUUACUGUCAAUCCUGCGUAAACUGAAAAGCACCCCAGACCAGGAGGUGAGAAUCCUCCUCUUGGGACUGGAUAAUGCAGGCAAGACCACACUCCUGAAACAGCUGGCAUCUGAGGACAUCAGCCACAUCACGCCAACACAGGGCUUUAACAUCAAAAGUGUACAGUCUCAAGGCUUCAAGCUGAAUGUAUGGGACAUAGGCGGACAGAGGAAGAUCAGGCCAUACUGGAGGAACUAUUUUGAAAACACUGAUAUUCUUAUCUAUGUCAUUGACAGUGCAGAUAGGAAGAGGUUUGAAGAAACGGGUCAGGAGCUGGCUGAGCUUUUGGAUGAAGAAAAGCUUAGUGGAGUCCCCGUGCUCAUAUUCGCUAACAAGCAGGAUUUGCUGACGGCUGCGCCUGCUUCAGAGAUUGCUGAGGGACUGAACCUACACACAAUCCGGGACAGAGUGUGGCAGAUCCAGUCUUGUUCCGCGCUUUCAGGAGAGGGAGUACAGGACGGCAUGAAUUGGGUGUGCAAAAAUGUCAAUGCUAAGAAGAAAUAAAGCGUUCUGAGCUGCAUGGAAUUGGAGGAGCGGUGGGAGCGGAAUUCUAGCCUGAAAACACUAAUUUGCUGCUUUUUCUGACCAAAUGUUUUUCCAUCUGUGCACAGCUACAGCUGUUAAA